GGUGUUUGACGUCAGAAACUGCAAACAAAUGGUCCUAUAAAAAGAGCCAACCUGUUUGGUAAGAAAAAAAAAACGAAGAAAAAACUCUUGGCACAGACUAAGAAGGUUAGAGAGCGCAACAAAUACGCUGUCACGCCUGUUACAAGCAACCRUCGUCGCAAUUUAUAAGCCUAAAGAUGCCCCUUUCAAGCAGCUCCACGUCCUCCACCAAGAGCAUCCGCAGAGCAGCAUCCGAGUUGGAGAGGUCGGACUCCAUCACGUCUCCGAGAUUCGUUGGCAGACGCCAGAGCUUGAUCGAAGAUGCGCGGAAGGAGAGGGAAGCCGCGGCUGCAGCGGCGGAGGCUGCUGAGGCCAGCGAACAGAUCGUGUUUGAGGAGGAAGAUGGAAAAGCGCUUCUCAACGUCUUCUUCGUUUUAAGGAGCUCCAAGACGCCCGCACUGUCCCGGACACUCAAGGUUUUUGAGACAUUUGAAGCCAAGAUUCACCACUUGGAGACGCGACCGUGCCGGAAGCUUARAGACAGCCUUCAAGGUCUGGAGUACUUUGUCCGCUGUGAGGUCCACCUGUCAGAYGUCAGCACUUUGGUCAGCUCCAUCAAAAGGAACGCAGAGGAUGUCAAAACCACUAAAGAAGUCAAAUUUCAUUGGUUCCCAAAGAAAAUGGCUGAUCUGGACAGAUGYCAUCAUCUGGUCACAAAAUUUGAUCCAGACUUAGAUCAAGACCAUCCUGGCUACACAGAUCCUGUCUACAGACAGAGAAGAAAAAUGAUCGGCAACAUCGCUUUCACAUAUAAAUUCGGGCUGCCAAUACCCAGAGUGGAAUACACGGAGGAGGAGAUUAGCACAUGGCAACAAGUCUAUUCAACCUUGAGGGAUUUGUACACCACCCAUGCCUGCAAAGAACACCUCGAGGCCUUUCGUCUGCUGGAAAGGCACUGCGGGUACAGUCCAGACAACAUUCCCCAGUUGGAAGACGUGUCACGCUUCCUCAAAGAACGCACGGGCUUUCAGCUGCGUCCGGUGGCAGGCCUGCUCUCAGCCAGAGACUUCCUGGCCAGUCUGGCGUUCCGAGUGUUCCAGUGUACCCAGUACAUCCGGCACGCUUCGUCUCCCAUGCACUCCCCAGAACCUGACUGUGUCCAUGAACUGCUGGGCCACGUUCCCAUGCUGGCUGACCGCACUUUUGCCCAGUUUUCACAGAACCUUGGACUAGCAUCCCUGGGGGCAUCAGACGAAGAUAUUGAGAAACUGUCGACACUCUACUGGUUCACAGUCGAGUAUGGCCUUUGUAAACAAAAUGGUGAGGUUAAGGCUUACGGGGCAGGACUGCUUUCCUCUUACGGAGAACUUGUGCACUGCCUGUCGGAUGAACCAGAGACCCGAGAGUUUGAUCCCGAGGCUGCGGCGGUGCAGCCUUAUCAAGACCAGACAUACCAGCCUGUCUACUUUGUUUCGGAGAGUUUUUUGGAUGCCAAGGAGAAAUUCAGGACCUACGUAGCUGGCAUCAAGCGUCCCUUCUCGGUCAGGUUUGAUCCGUACACUUGCACUGUCGAAGUCCUGGACAACCCCCUGAAGAUCCAAGGGGGACUGGAAAGUGUGAAGGAUGAGAUCAAGGUGCUGACAGACGCCCUCAGGGUUUUGUCGUGAUGAAAUCCUAGUCGGGUUUGUGAUCGUCCUGCUGUUGUUUGCUUCUUCUCUGUUGAGCUCUGCCRUGUCCGAAACGUGAGUGGACCGACGUGUUUCUGUUUCUGUGCCGUACUUCCAGCCUGAYGCUGAGUUUGCUGAAAAAGCUGCAUGGUUGACCUGCAGUGUUGCAACYGCUGAAACCUCAAAACGCAGCGCGCAAAAGGCCUCCAAAGAUGUUUUGUUUGAUGCUUUGUUGCGUUUGGAUGCAUUAGUGAUAUAAUGUGGUUUUACUUGACUGGGCUUGUGUUGUGCUUUUAAAAUAACAAUUAUUAAAAAGGUUUGUUGAGAAAUGUGUGACAUUAGAGCCAAUACGAAAAGGAACUGUGAUAUGAAUGUAUUAAAUAGAAAAAAGUCAAACGUGAAUAUUUUCUAAUUUGUAAAAUCAAAGUAACAUAUUGUUUUAGUGGAAACGAAAGCUUAUAUUUAAACUAUUUAUUUUAUAUAUGCGUAUGCAUAUGUGUUGUGUUUGGUCUUGUCCUAUAUUUCAUGUAUAAAUGCAUUAAAAAACAUUUUCCAUGUAAUAAAAUAUUCAUAGAAAUGUGUCAAAAAAUAAAGAAUUGUAAACAAA